AUGGGUCAAGAUGGACGAUCAUUCAAGAUGUAUGUAUAUCAUGGCUGGCAGUUACAAUGCACAAAUACAACCUGUUUACCGUACAUGACUAUUACUGGUUUAGAUAUUCGUCACUGUCAGGCAACUUGUUUAGCUCAACUACCUUGUCAAGGUCUUUGCUUUUCCUAUUCGACUUUGAAUUGUCAACUAUUUGCUAAUGUAUGGAAUCAAAACAAUAAUUUAUUGACUAAUACACACACAGUGACCAUGUUCGUCGUAUUGGGAACACGCACACCUUCAGAACCAACAACCACGUCGACUAUGUCCCCAUCAACAUCAUCAACAACAACAACAACUACUACAACUUAUAUCACUCUUGUGGCAGGCAUACAAAAUUAUGCGAUUGAAGUAGCCACUAAUGGCUAUCACGGUAUCCAAAAGUUUCGUUACUAUUCACUCACAAAAUACAGUGGGUAUUUAAGUAUUGGCUAUCCAGUCGUUUAUUUGAGUGGAACAACCUUUUCUGGAUCAUAUGUUAAUAAUGCUUGGUAUGCACUUCAUGCCGGCUGUGGUAACAGCAAUGGGAUAGCGUCUUGCACUGGUUUAUGUAAAGCAUUUAAUCAGAAUUACACUAAUAUAACAUCAGAUUGUGGAACAGGUUUUCCUGGUUCAGUAACCACUUAUGUCAAUCCGGAUCGGGCUGUUUAUACACCUACAGAUACAAGUUCAACACCUUGGUCUGAUUAUGGACAAGCAUCAACGUGCUACAAUCCGAUGAUAUACUGUGCGUGUACCACCUUUCCCUGA